AUGAAGAGGUUUAUGAGUGCAGUUUGGGCGGCUGUAGAGAACCUUCCUUGGCGCUUCCUGCUGGCGAUAGGAGCUGCAACCCCUGUAGCCGUUAUUUAUUAUUAUGUUAAUCGGGACAAUGAGGAGGAAACGACAGAGAACAUAGUCGACACCACCGGCCACGUAGUGUUCACUGAAAACAGUAAAAUGAAGUUAAGAGUAAGAGUAAUCGAGCAGACGAGCCGAGUGGAGCUUGAGGGACCAGAACCGACCCUGACCCAACUCAGCACCCAGGUCAAAGAGGUCGUGCUGCCUUCAGCUGGACUCAGUAACAGCAACGUUUCAGCUGAUCACAACACACCUCAGAGUCCCGCUGGAUUAUCUACACACCAGUCAGGCACCAGCAGCAGCCAUGAGAGCCCAGACAGUACAUGUGCUACAUGUGAGACUGAGGAGACUGAUAUGGACAGAGGUGAGGCUGAGCAGGAGGCAAUGGGGCUCUUCAUCCCUGAGCCCAUGCUGUGCUGUGAAGCUGAGGAAGAUAAGACCCCUCCCUCUCUAGAGACACUGUACCAGACUGUGCAGUGCAGCAGCACCUCGGACUGCCUGCUGUUAGCAGCCCACGUGUUACUGCUAGAGACCGGCUUCCUGCCACAGGGUAGUGACAUCAGUGUCGGAAAAAUGCCCAGCAGCUGGCGUGCAGCAGAGCGUCUCUGCAUGCUGCAGUACUUUCACCUGUUCUGUGAGAACAGCCCAGUUUAUAUGGUUGGUGUGCUGAUGGGCCAAACACUUGUCAUAAAAGCCACAAUGACGACAACUGGUGCAGAAGAGUUUUCACAGAUACUGGCACUGAAUCCUGACGAUUACAUGACUAAGGAGUGGGCAGGUGGAAACACUGGACUGGUCUACAGAGAUAUACAGAAACUAUCUUGUGUUUUUAAGGACCAGUUGGUUUACCCACUCAUUGCAAGAGCUAGAGAAGCACUGGGUCUGCCUGCACUGUUUGGUCUGACUGUGCUGCCCCCUGAGCUGCUUUUAAGUAUAAUGUUGCUGCUGGAUGUUCCCUCGAUCCUAAAGCUGUCUGAAGUAUGCAGAUACCUGCACUCUGUAACUCAAGAUGACUUACUCUGGAAACACUUUGUGUACCGUGACUUUGGAGGAAACUAG